UUGUGCAGAGCUGUCAAAUUUUCCCGCCAUGUCAGUGUCACGCGUUUCGUUGUUCGUCGUCAUCGCGCUUUUGUACUUGGAAUGCUGUUAUACAGCCACGAUUCCAAGGAAUUUCGAAGGUCGCAUGUCAGAAGAAAUGAUCAUGACUCCUAAGAAGAGGCCAUUCUGCAACGCAUUUACUGGUUGUGGACGCAAGAGGUCCCAACAAUCUCCCGGAAUGCCUGCGCAAGAGUUGAUGAGGCAGAAACAGUAUGUCGAUGAUGAAGCUUUUGGCACGAUUUUGGACUCGGAGGCUGCAAUCGAAGAACUUUCGCGACAAAUUCUCUCCGAAGCCAAGUUAUGGGAGGCCAUUCAAGAAGCCAGCGCCGAAAUAGCAAGGAGGAAACAAAAAGAAUCGUAUUAACUCGAUUACAACGAUGUAUCGAUACCGUAGCGUUUCAAUCGAUUAGAAAUAAAAAAAUAAACUGUUAACCAAUACUCGGCUACGGUUAAUGUUGCCAUUUAGUUAUAGUAAUGUUGCGAGACGAAAAAAAUCGGCCAUCUUCUUUUUUUAACUGUCAUAACUUUUUUCUUUAAACCGUGUAACACGAAUUUGUUAUAAUUUCUUCAUAAUAUAAAUACAUACUCGUAAAGAAAACCUUUUUCAAAACAAUACAAUUUAUUAAAAAUUACACUUUAUAUACUUACUUAACUAUAUUUUUAUGUACAGACGCCAGCAGGUCAACCUAUCCUAACCUGUCAAAUGUUACCAAUCGAACAUCAACCUUCCACUAUUGUGAUAAGGUUGAAAAUCUAUUGAAGACAUUUGACAGAUUCAGGUACUAUUUAAGUUGACAUAUUUUAUAAAUGAGUAUGUAUUCCGAGUUUGUAAAGCAUUGGCCUGAAUCGAAUCCAAAAUCAUACUGAGAAAAAAAAGAAAGUCGAGUAACUUACAAAAAUGUUAAU